ACGUGAAGUGAAGAAAAAGAAGUACCUUGUUUAUAAACACGUAUAGCGGAUUGUUAAUCGGUGUAUAGUAAUAAUUAAUUUGUCAUAACUUAUCCGUCAUGAUUGUGACAUGCAUAGCACCAGUGAAUAUUGCGGUAAUUAAAUAUUGGGGGAAGAGGGAUGAAGAGCUUAUACUACCUUUGAAUGAUUCCAUCAGUGCAACACUCAACACUGAUCAGAUGCACGCUAAGACCACGAUCAUGGCCAGCCCCAGUUUCAAAGAGGACAGAAUGUGGUUGAAUGGCAGAGAAGUGCCAAUGGACUCCCCAAGAAUUCAAAACUGUUUAAAAGAAAUGGUGGCCCGAGCAGAGCGGGCGGGCGCCGUGCGGUACAGCAGCCUCGCCGCCUGCCGCCUGCGCGUCUGCUCGGAGAACAACUUCCCCACGGCCGCCGGACUGGCCUCGUCCGCCGCCGGCUACGCUUGCCUAGUGUUCACGCUGGCCAAGUUGUUCGGGCUGGAAGGCGACAUCUCGGGCAUCGCACGCCUGGGAUCAGGUAGUGCGUGCCGCAGCGUGCUAGGAGGGUUCGUGCGCUGGCACAAGGGCUCUGCUGCUGACGGCUGUGACUCCGUGGCCUCUCAGGUAGUGCCGGCUUCUCAUUGGCCGGAGCUCAGGAUCCUCAUACUUGUGGUGAAUGAUGCACAGAAGGCGACAGGCAGCUCAGUAGGUAUGAAGACAACUGUAGAGACCAGUGAAUUGCUGAAGCUCCGCGUCGCUGAGUGUGUGCCGGCUCGAGUGGACAGCAUCACAGAGGCCAUACGAGAAAAGGACUUUAGAAAGUUUGGGGAACUGACUAUGAAAGACAGUAAUCAGUUACACGCCGUAUGUCUCGACUCGUUCCCUCCACUGUUCUACAUGAACUCUGUGUCCCAUGCCAUAGUGAACUUUGUUCACUUGUACAAUGCUACAGAUCUACAGGUUGCGUACACGUUUGAUGCUGGGCCGAAUGCUUGCCUGUUUGUGCUGGAGGAAAACUUGCCUCGUUUGGUGGCAACCAUCAAUCAUGUAUUUCCACCUGGAAACAACUCUACCAAGUAUUUCCAAGGCAUACCUGUAGCUGUUCCUCACAUCAAUGAGGACGUCUUGAAGCUGGGCAUGGAGCCUAAGGAGGCAGGCUCGCUGAAGUACAUCAUCAGCACUCGGCUGGGCGCGGGGCCACACGAGGUCCCGGACCACCUCCUGACAACGGCAGGGGAGCCCAGGAGUGCCACUACGUAGACCACCUCGGGUCCAGACCACUGCAUUGUUUUUGUUUGCACCAAAUGGAAGGAAAUGAUCUGUGACUGCAACUGAAGCAUUUUGCCAUAAAUAAAGAUUACUGGGGAAAAAAAAACGAAAAGAAAAAAAAAACACAUUCCUACCUUGAUUUGUUGGUUAUGGACAGUGUUAAACAUAUUUUGCUCGUUUCAAAGUCAUUUGACAGUAUGUACCUGUAUGUCAGAAUAUUUACUAAUCGUUUUGUACUUUUUGUAUAUACACUUAAUGUGAGAGGAAUAAAUCUUGCUAUUACUGUUAAUUUGUUAUUGUUUCACAAUGUACUUAAUUAUUAUUAAUCACCAAAAUUGGAGGUUGUUUUCCACUUAGCCUUAAGAUUUUAUACAAAAAAUAUUUAAUUAAAAAAUAUAUUUUUUAACUUUUGACAGUUUUUUCAAUUAACCAGAGCUGAAAUUCAUUGCAUUAUGCAUUGUAAUAUUAAAUAAUAAAAUUUAAUUAUAAACACCAAA